UCUGUUUCCUCCCAUCCCCCCNCCCCUCUCUCUAUGAUGGAUCUCGAGCGAUAUCUCUCUGGAAUUCGAGCUCUGUCUUGAAAUUCAAGGGCGAUUUCUCGAAUCCUCAACCCCGAUCGAGACCAGCUUCAAUGGAGGUUUUCUCGAUUCGAGAUCCAUCUGGCUUUCGGUUCCCCCCAUCACCCGGACCCAGAGUGCCGGUUUUGCUUGUUGAUUCGUGUUUUUAUUUUUUUUUUUGGCACACUUGGGAUUUUCCUUGCUGUUGGUUCCGCCUUCGUGAACAAGAAUUCUGAAUCGUUGUUGUGUUUUAAUCUAUGAUCUUCUUGUUAUUCUGGGCGCUUUUGUAAAUUCUACAUGGGAAAGAUUUGGUUCUUCGGAUUUUGCAAAAUCGGUUGAUUUUGAUUUUGAAGAUCGAAUUUUGAUGCAAUUAUGCGAAGGGGCUUCUAUCUUGUUGCAUUUGGGAAUGAAUUUCACUGAAGUUUCCAGCAUCGCAAAUUUAUUGGUUGAUUAUGGUGAUCGAGUUUGAUUGAAAAUAUGGAAGGUUUCAGCGAUGGAUGAGACUAAGAAGGUAGAGAGUCUGACAUCCGCUGCUGCUUUCGUGGAAGGGGGAAUACAGGAUGCCUGUGAUGACGCUUGCAGUAUUUGCCUUGAGGCGUUCUGUGACAGCAAUCCUUCAACUGUCACUAGCUGCAAGCAUGAGUUUCAUCUUCAAUGCAUUCUCGAAUGGUGUCAGAGAAGCUCACAGUGUCCCAUGUGUUGGCAACCCAUCACUCUUAAGGAUCCAACCAGUCAAGAACUGCUUGAGGCAGUAGAACGGGAGAGGACCUUUAGGUUUAAUCCACCACGAAAUGCCACGAUAUUUCAUCAUCCCACCCUAGGAGAUUUUGAAUUACAGCAUUUACCAGUAGGUUCAAAUGGUGCUGAACUUGAAGAACGUAUAAUACAGCACUUGGCUGCUGCUGCUGCUAUGGGGAGAGCUCAUCAUAUUGCCCGAAGGGAAGGACAGCGCAGUAGGGCCAGUGGUCAGGGUCGACCACAGUUCUUGGUAUUCUCUACUCAUCCCAGUGCACCUGCUGGUGCCGUUACUGCUUCUCUAGCUCAGAGGGGAGGGGAAAAUGAGCAGGCUCCUGCAAUUACUGUUGCUAGUCCUUCUGCUCCUCUUACAGUCCUAGGGGAACAACCAUCUAAUCAAACUCCAGAAUUAUCUCCUGUACAAGAUGGGCAAAUUCCUUCAUCAGCAUCUGGAUCUACCACUCUUGGAUCCAGUCAAUCUGGAUUAUCCUUUAACAAUCGGAGUUCUGCUGGUCACUCUUCUCCAGUAAACCAAGACAGAGCAGGACCUUCAGAAUUCCAAUCAUUUUCAGAGUCUUUAAAAUCUCGAUUCAAUGCAGUGUCAAUGAGAUACAAAGACUCUAUUUCAAAGAGCACAAGAGGUUGGAGGGAGAGGUUUUUCUCUAGGAGCACAUCCAUGGCAGAUCUCAGUACUGAAGUUAAGAGAGAAGUAAAUGCAGGAAUUGCUAGAGUAUCAAGUAUGAUGGAACGCCUGGAAACCAGACAAAAUAGCAGAGCCACCACAGCUUCUAUACCAAAUAACUUAGAGGGUUCAUCUGUCACAGAGCCCAAUAACCAGAGUAUUGCAGAAAACACCCGUGGUAGCAGCCCUUUGAAUGACAGCAAUACAUCAACUUACUGUGCUGCAAGUUCAGGUUCACAUUAAGUUGUCCUACAUUAUUUCAACAUGGCAUAUUACCAAAGCACUCCAUCUAUGAAGGCUUUACUCCAUUUCCGAGAUAUGCGAUGCUCCUGCUCCAUCGACAUAAUGCACUUGCCUUCCCCUCAGUUCAGGCUAGUAUGUAAUGUAUUCACAUACCGAAAGAGCAUUUGUGGUUAUAGUAAAUAAAAAGAAAGCAGAAAAAGAAAAAAGCUCCUACUUUGGACAAGCCUACAAAUGCAUAUUUUUUGUAAAUUUGUUAAAUAGUUCGAACCUACCCUUGGAUAUAUUUUGCUAAUUUUGCCUCAGGGACAGUUGGAAAUUGACUGCUUUUGGAGAGUAAAUAAUUUCAAAA